UCAGCACUGGGUGCGCGAAGCGGCCGUAGGGCCGACUUGCGAGGCCGCGGGGGACGACCCCACCUGCUAGGGGUCGAGGUCUCUCUGCUGCAGCAGGAGGUGUGCUGCUGGUGUCCACACGGCCCGCACACAUUGGCAGUGAAGGGGAUCCACUCACAGUGGAUCAUAUGCGACCAGUGGACUUCAAAGGGCUGAAUCUCGUGUGUGCUCGCUCUCUUCUUUCUGGCUGCACCACUGCGCAGAUGCUCACAUGCCCUCUUCUCAUACAUCCAAGGUGAUCCGAAUGAACAGGAUCAAGCUCCACCGUCCUCCUCACAUUCCUCCUGGACACUAAUCCUGGUUAUUUCAGUCUCUUGCCAGUGACGUCUGAUGUCCCAGCAAAUGGCAUUGUCUCCUACGGUGCUGAAAAGAUACUCCCAACGUCCCAGCAGCGGCACGGCUAACAUAGGCUUGGUUUGCACUCUGCUGUGCACACAGCAGGAGUGAUGCCUCCAGGCAGGUGGUAUGCUGUCCAUCCAGCACAGGCCCAGGCUUCAAGGGAGCGAGAACGCCUUCAGCUGGUGAAGAAGGAAGAAGAGGAUGAAGGCUACACUGCAGUGCAGGCUCCUAGGCCCCAGACACUCAACCUCCCUGGCCAGGAGCUGUUCCGCCAGCUCUUCAGACAGCUUCGCUACCACGAGUCUUCUGGGCCCCUUGAGACUCUGAGCCGGCUCCGGGAGCUCUGCCGCUGGUGGCUGCGGCCCGACGUUCUCUCCAAGGCCCAGAUCCUGGAGCUGCUGGUGCUGGAGCAGUUCCUGAGCAUCCUGCCCAGUGAGCUCCGGACCUGGGUGCAGCUGCACCACCCUGAGAGUGGCGGGAAGGCUGCGGCCCUGCUGGAAGAGCUGCAGAGAGACCUCGAUGGGGCCCCAUGGACGGACCCAGCCCCUGCCCAGAGCCCAGAUGUACAAUGGAUGGGUACAGGAGCCCUGCGAGCCGCACAGAAAUGGCCCUCUGCUUCACCUCCCAGGAGCGGCUCUGCUCUGGGGGACCACCUGGAGCCUCCCUAUGAAAUAGGCGUGCGUGACUUCCUGGCUGGGCAAUCCGAUCCUCCUGCUGCCCAGGUGCCUGCCCUUCCCCAGGAAGAGGGCUGCCCAGGAGAUCAGCCUCAGGAGGCUCUGACUUUCAAGGACGUGGAGGUGACCUUCUCCCAGGAUGAGUGGGCAUGGCUGACCCCUGCCCAGAGGAACCUCUACAGGGAUGUGAUGCUGGAGAACUAUGGGAACUUGGCUUCUCUGGUGGGGCCACUCACCAAACCUGCUCUGAUCUCUUGGUUGGAGGCAAGGGAGCCGUGGGGCCUGAAUGUCCAGAGAGCCCAGCCUAAGGCGAAGCCAGGUGCUGCCCCAGCAGGAGGGGAGCUCCAGAUUAAAUCCAGCAAGCUCAUCUUAAAUUCCAAACCUUUGGAAGAAGCUCAGGCCUUAGCUGUGUCAUCAGGAUGUCGUGUGAUGAGUGUUUCUGAGGAAACGGGGCCCCGAGAACCUGUGGAACAGAAGAGCCCAUUACAGGAGGGAAGUGGAAAUCCCACACAAGUGAGUGCUAAGAAAAAAGAGGCUAGUUUCAGUCGCAGGACAGGAGAGGAAUCAGAAGACUCAGGAGGCGGUAAUAGUGUCAGUCUCAGACAUGUUGUAUAUUUCCGAGUUCCCAGAAGAAAAAAGAAGCAUGGCUGUGGCCGACACUUCAGAGGGAGCUCAUACCACUAUGACUACAAGGAGUACGGGAAAGGCCUCAGGCUCAUGAUCAGCGGGUUUAACCUACAUCAGAGAAUUCACGCUGGACUGAAAGCCCCCUCCAAGGAUGCGCACGGGAAGGACUUCAGCCUCAGCUCGCAUCACCAACGGAACCUUCACAUGGCGGGGACUUGCUAUAAGUGCGCUGAGUGUGGGAGGAACUUCAGUCGUAGCUCCUACCUCGAAUGCCAUCGGAGACUUCACACUCAGGAGAAGCCGUUUAAAUGCCGAGUGUGUGGGAGAGCCUUCAGGUGGAGCUCAAACCGUGCGCGACACGAGAGAAUUCACACUGGACUGAAACCUUAUAAAUGCAGUUUAUGUGGCAAAGCUUUCCAACGCCUGUAUGCCUACCACCUGCACCAGGAGUCCCAUGCCAAUCAGCUGUAUCUCAAAGCUAGGCGGUGUCAGGAAGCGCUCGCCUAUGGCCCCUGGCUGGAUCAUCAUUUGCAAGACCGAAGCGGGGAGAAGCUCUUUGACUGCAGCCAGUGCAGGAAAUCGUUCCACUGCAAAUCGUAUAUCCUCCAACAUCAGAGGAUCCACACCCAGGAGAAGCCCUAUAAAUGUACCAAAUGCAGGAAAACCUUCCGGUGGAGGUCCAACUUCUCUCGGCACCAAAGGAUGCACCAGGAAGAAAAGUUCUACAACGCAGACGACGGGUGUAGCGAAGACUCGAGGGAGGCCCCCGGCUGCAGUCAGCCCCCGAGUGAGCCCCCCGCGGAGGAAGCUUUCCUGUGCCAGCCGUGUGGGAAGACCUUCACCGGGAGGAAAGCUCUCCUGAACCAUCAGAGAACCCACACGGGCGAGGAGCCGUACCCGUGCGGGGAGGGUGUGAAGGAGUUCACGCACCGGUCGCAAUCGAUCGUGCGUAGGAAGCAGCGGGCCCUGAGCAGAAGCCCUGAGGACCCGCCCUCCCGCAGCCAGGACAGAGCGCUCCAGGCUCCUCAGAGCAGCCCGGCCGCGGAGAAGCCCUUCACGUGCAGCCACUGUGGGAAAGGCUUCCAGAACCACUCCUUCCUCUUCAUCCACCAGCGGGUCCACACCCGGGAGAAGCCCUAUCAGUGCAGGGAUUGUGGGAAAGCCUUCCGGUGGAGCUCCAACCUCUCGCGGCACCAGAGGAGCCACUCUUUGGGAAAACGGUUCACGUACCACGAGAGCGGGGACACUUCAGAGGCGCAGUCCCAAACCCUCGAGGCCGAGAGGAAAGCCUUCUGGUGCCAAGAAUGUGGGAAGAGCUUUACCCGUAAAAGAAGCCUCUUGGAUCAUAAGGGGAUCCACAGUGGAGAGAAGCGCUACAAAUGUAACCUGUGUGAGAAAUCUUAUGAUCGCAAGUACCGCCUGGUGAACCACCAGAGAACCCACACGAAAGAGAAGCCUUUCAAAUGCCAGUGGUGUGGGAAGGACUUCAUCGCAAAGCACACCCUCUGCAUGCAUCAGAGAAAGCACACCCGCCUGGCGCUGUCCGAAAGCAGCCCGGCCGGGUCGUCUCCCUCUCAGGACAGGGGGGUGAGUUUGCAGGAAUUAAGGUGGAGUGGGGAGAAGCCCAUGGAGGGCGGUGAGCCGGGCUCCAGGCCCAGCGGACCUCAGGACUUGUCCGUGGCGAAAAAGUGUCACAAAUGCAGCACGUGUGGGAAAGUGUUCAGCAAGACCUCGCAGCUCAUCAGCCACAGGAGGUUCCACACUCGCGAGAGGCCCUUCAAGUGCACCAAGUGUGGGAAGACCUUCCGGUGGGCUUCCAAUCUGGCUCGGCACAUGAAAGGGCACGUUGGUGAUUAGCAUGGAACCUGACGGAGGGAAG